AUGGGUACGCCGCAGGGAAUCGAGGAUCCGGCCGAUAGCGACCUUCAGGAGCAAACCACCUCUUCACAAGCGCCCAUCGAGUCUGAGCCUCCUUCCACGGGCGAGUCUUCACGGGCAGAUGUUGGCCCUCUGUCCGUGGAAACCAAUCCGACAGGGCCAAACAGACAUCUCUCGGGCACCGCGCGAAGUGAGCGCAACAGCGUCGCAUACUCGGAUCCUCUUUUCUCGCCAUUGAGCCUCGGAUCCGAUACAGAGAUGGGGCACCGCUCCACGCCCUCGGAAAUCUCAAGUGACAGGGUGUUCCCUAUUCGGUCCGUCAUCAACAUCGGUCCUCCCAGCGUUAGAGCUACCAGCGCCAGAGCCUCCCGCGACGAGUACUUCCCCCCCACACGCGACGGCGAAAUGCGAGGGAUUCCUAUUCCGCUCUCGAGCAAUGCCCUACGGGAAUCGGGAUCGGACCUGAGGCGCUCAGAUACCAUGCCUUCGAGAACACCCAGCGACCGCUUUGCAGCCACGGCACGGAGGAAGAAUACUAUGAGCGGUCCCAUGUCACGCAUACAACUUGACGCUGCAAGACACGGUCCCACAGCCUCUCCUCUGGAGCUCGACAUUGCCACUUCUGACCACGAAGGGGACGAAUCCUUGCCCGCAGUACCUAAUACCGAUCCCGGAACAACAUCCUAUGUCUCAACAAAUCAAUCAAUGGCCGACGACCAUGUCACUAGCCGUGUCACGCACGUGGUGACCGACGACGGCCAUGCAGUCAUCACCGGUCGGGACGGUGCCCUACAAAGAUGCGAGGACGAGCCGAUUCACACGCCUGGUGCUGUCCAAAUAUUCGGGGUUCUACUUGCCUUGCGUGAGGAGGCCGAGGGAUUCUUUGUCGUGCGAUAUGCCAGUGAAAACUCAGAGAGAAUGCUAGGCUACUCACCCCGGCAACUCUUCCAGCUGAAGAACUUCCUUGAUAUAUUGACCGACGAGCAGCAGGACAACCUCCUUGACCACAUCGAUUUUAUCCGCGACGAAGACGCCGACCCCGCCAUCAACGGACCGGAGGUAUUCAGCAUAUCUAUUCGAACCCUCAAGAUGAGGAGUAAGAAGCUUUGGUGUGCCAUUCAUAUCAACCCCGCCCAUCCGGAUUUAGUCAUUUGCGAGUUCGAGAUGGACGAUGACAUGGAAUAUCCUCUCCGACCCGCGGAUGAAUUGACCCCUGACAUCCCGCACGACACCCUCCAGUCCAACCCCACGCUAGAGGAGAUUGAAGAGAGCACCGAGAUUCUUAGCAAGCCUCUCAGAGUUCUCAGGAGUGCGAGGAAAAGGAGAGGGGAGCAGGGCGCAAUGCAAGUCUUUGAUAUCCUGUCACAGGUUCAGGAACAACUUGCAUCUGCCAACAACUUGGAGAUCUUUCUCAAGAUUUUAGUUGGCAUCGUCAAAGAACUGACUGGUUUCCACCGUGUCAUGAUCUACCAGUUUGAUUCAACUUUCAACGGGAAGGUCGUCACUGAGUUGGUCGAUACCUCUCAAACCAGGGAUUUGUACAAAGGACUCCACUUCCCAGCUUCCGACAUCCCUCGGCAAGCGCGAGAUCUUUACAAGUUAAACAAGGUCCGAUUACUCUACGAUCGAGAUCAAGAUACGGCCCGAAUCGUCUGUCGAACAAAAGAGGACCUAGAUGUCCCCUUAGACAUGAGCCAUGCCUACCUGCGCGCCAUGUCCCCAAUUCACUUGAAAUACCUGACCAACAUGGCUGUGCGAUCAUCGAUGUCAAUAUCCAUCAACGCUUUCGACGAAUUAUGGGGUCUGAUUUCUUGUCAUUCUUAUGGCAAUCAGGGUAUGAGAGUAUCCUUUCCAAUCCGGAAAAUGUGUCGCUUGGUCGGAGACACCGCCUCCAGGAAUAUCGAGAGACUCUCUUAUGCCUCACGCCUACAAGCCCGGAAACUCAUCAACACCGCUCCUACCGACAAGAAUCCAUCCGGAUAUAUAAUUGCCUCCUCAGAAGAUCUCUUGAAACUUUUCGAUGCCGACUUUGGGCUACUCUCGAUAAAGGGGGAGACGAAGAUACUAGGAAUCAUUGAUCAAAGUCAAGAAGCCUUGGCCAUGCUUGAAUAUCUCCGCAUGCGCAAGCUCACGUCCGUGGUCUCUUCGCAAAAUAUCGCAGAAGCGUUUCCUGACCUACAAUAUCCACCUGGCUUUCAGAUCAUCGCCGGCUUGUUGUAUGUUCCACUGAGUGUAGGUGGCAGCGAUUUUAUCGUCUUCUUCCGUCGAGCACAAAUCAAGGAAGUGAAGUGGGCUGGCAAUCCUUACGAGAAGGUGGUUCGCGAGGGCACAGCAAGCUACCUAGAGCCCAGGAAAAGUUUCAAGACUUGGCAUGAGACAGUUCUAGGGAUGUGCCGGGAGUGGAAUGAAGAGCAAGUCGAAACAGCUGCUGUGCUUUGUCUGGUUUACGGAAAAUUCAUCGAAGUUUGGCGCCAGAAGGAGGCAGCGAUCCAAAACAGCAAGCUCACUCGUCUCUUGCUCGCUAACUCAGCACACGAAGUUCGGACGCCAUUAAAUGCCAUCAUCAACUAUCUCGAAAUCGCUCUUGAGGGGUCACUCGAUCAAGAAACUCGCGAGAAUCUGGCUCGGUCCCAUUCAGCCUCCAAGUCCUUGAUUUAUGUAAUCAAUGAUCUUCUCGAUUUGACCAAGACAGAGGAGGGCCAGAACCUAGUCAAGGACGAAAUAUUCGAGCUUUCCGUCUGUGUCAAAGAAGCGACGAAUCCUUUUGAAGUCGAUGCCAAGCGGAAAGGAAUCAAAUACGAUAUCAUCGAACACCCUGGGUUGCCCCGUUUUGUACAGGGCGAUGAGCGGCGAAUUCGACAAGCAAUCUCAAACGUCACAGCAAAUGCUGUCACUCAUACUGAAAUCGGUCAUGUUAAAGUUGAAGUGUUCGUGUCCGAGGUUAGCGAUCGCGUGGCCGUUGUCGACUUUGUUGUGGAAGACACGGGAACUGGGAUGAGCGACCGCCAACUGGACGUGCUAUUCCGUGAUCUAGAACAAGUCAGCACAGAGGAUUCGCCUCUUCCGUCACCAUCCUUAGCCAAGACUCCAACUGGCAUACGAACCCUGGGGCUUGGUCUCGCUGUUGUUGCUCGUAUCGUUAGGAACAUGGACGGCCAGCUUCGUCUUAAAUCAGAAGUUGGCCAGGGGUCACGAUUUGUGAUACAGCUGCCUUUCCGUCUUCCCGAUGAAUCGACUAUCCCGGGACCUGCACGCGGGAAUGCUUCCUCUCGAGCCACCUUAUCGUCAAACCCAGUCACCUCUGCCCCCUCGUCAAUAGCGGCUGCUCCCGAGGGUGAGAUACUGCUUGUUAAUAAGACGAGUCUAUCCAACUUGAACGUCGAAGCAGAGAUUGCUGGUGAGCGAGGAAGCUUUGAGAGCCGGCACAGCGUUGGAAGUUUGGGGAGUCAUGGCAGUCAUCAGAGUGACGCCGAUCGGUUGAUCAACGCCAUUCAAACUCCCUUAUCCUUGGAGGACAAGGAGACUGAAUAUCCCUUCUACCAAAGCACACAUUCAGUCGUGAACUCAGAUCUAUCGAUGGUUGGAGAAGGUCUUGGUAUCAAGACGUGCCCAACUGGCCCCAAAUCGCAAAAUACCAAGAGCCCUGAACCUCUUAUCAUCCCGACAGUAGAGUCUGGGUAUACGGGUGUCCGCGAUUCCAAGACUCCUCUCAAGGCUGUCAGAGUAGCCGACGAGUACACCGAGGUUCCCCAACAACCACAAACUGGAGGGAACUCUCGUGUGCUCUUUGAACUCCAGGACGACAAGGAUUCGUUGAGUCGAAAAGCCCGCGCAAAUAGUAUAGUGAGCGCUGGGACCGAUCAAUUCGCACUUCAGGUAUUGAUUGCGGAAGAUGACCCGAUCAAUAUGAAGGUCCUACGAAAACGGCUAGAGAGAGCUGGGCAUGAGGUUCACCAUACCGUCAACGGCGAGGAUUGCGCAAUGGUUUAUCGAGAGAAGUCAUCAAAGUUUGAUGUGGUGUUGAUGGAUAUGCAGAUGCCUAUUGUGGAUGGUCUCACUAGUACCAAGUUGAUUCGGGCCAUGGAGAUGUCACAUGAGCAUGCCGGUCAUUCAUCCCUUGCAGCUAGCAACCGUCGCAUCCCCAUAUUUGCGGUUUCGGCUUCUCUCAUCGAGCGUGAGCGGCCUACCUACGUGGACGCUGGAUUCGAUGGAUGGAUCCUCAAGCCAAUUGAUUUCAAGCGACUCAGCACGCUUCUCAUGGGAAUUUCCGAAGAGGAAGUCCGGAACUCUUGCUUGUACGAGCCCGGCGAGUGGGAGCGAGGAGGCUGGUUCUGUGCUAAGUCUGGGAUGGACCUCAACACUAAUGAUGACGUUACGCCAAAAGCCGAGGAAACGGCCAAGGAACUCGGUGGCGGUGUAGAAUACCAGGACAUCCCUCCGGGUUGA